CCCCGCCCUACUUGUAUCGAUGAAAGUUUGUGUUACAAAGAUGGCGGAUUUCCUGCCGUCCCGGUCCUUUCUAUCCGUCUGUUUUCCUAAAUGUCUACUCAACACCAGCGAAGCAGAGCAACUGAGGAUAUCAAAAGAGAUCGACAGAUGUAUUUCGAAAGACAAAACGUACGUAAAGCGGUUAGUCAAGAUACUUUUGCUCGGCGCCGGCGAGAGCGGCAAGUCCACUUUCCUCAAGCAGAUGCGCAUCAUACACGGACAGGAUUUCGACCAGCUGGCUCGAGAGGAGUUCCGAGCGACUAUCUACAGUAACGUUAUCAAAGGCAUUCGCGUCCUUGUGGAUGCACGAGAAAAGCUGCGUAUCCCAUGGGGUGAGCCAUCAAAUCAGACACACGGCGAGACCCUGAUGAGCUUCGACACGCGCUCGGCUCAGGGCAUGGUGGAGGCCAAAGUCUUCCAUCAGUAUCUACCUGCAGUGCGUGCGCUCUGGGCCGACAGUGGCAUCCAGCAUGCCUACGACCGCCGCCGCGAGUUCCAGCUGGGUGAAUCGGUGAAGUAUUUCUUGGACAACUUGGAAAAACUUGGAAUGCCGGACUAUCUGCCGAGUCAGCAGGAUAUCUUGCUGGCCCGCAAACCCACCAAAGGCAUCCACGAGUAUGACUUUGAAAUCAAGAAUGUCCCGUUCAAGAUGGUCGACGUGGGUGGGCAGCGCUCCGAGCGGCGCCGCUGGUUCGAGUGCUUCGACAGCGUCACCUCCAUCCUGUUCCUGGUAUCGUCGAGCGAGUUCGACCAGGUCCUGAUGGAGGACCGUCAGACCAACCGGCUCACAGAGUCGCUCAACAUUUUUGGCACCAUCGUCAACAACCGCGUGUUCAGCAACGUCUCCAUCAUCCUGUUCCUGAACAAGACCGACCUGCUGGAGGAGAAAGUCAAGACCGUAGCCAUCAAGGACUUCUUCCCCGAGUACGAGGGCGAUCCGCACAGCUUGGAGGACGUGCAGAAGUUCCUCGUGACGUGCUUCCGCAACCAGCGCCGCGAGCAGCAGAACAAGCCGCUCUACCACCACUUCACCACGGCCAUCAACACUGAGAACAUUCGCCUCGUCUUCCGGGACGUCAAGGACACCAUCUUGCACGACAAUCUCAAGCAGCUCAUGCUGCAAUGAUCUGAACUCGUUCCUUAGCUUCCACUGCUCGUGUCCAAACCUGGACCACUAAACCUGACUUGGGGGAGG